AUUCACUGACAGUUCGAACGGAACAGCUGUGAAAGUUGGAUGUGAUAUUCGGAGAAAAACCAAUCGAAAAGUUGUAAAAAAUAAGAAAUUUGUAGAAAAAAUAAAUCUACCAGUGAAAAAAGGAUAAAUUUUUAUAUUUAAAUACAGAUCUUUAUUAAAAUAAAGCUAAAGCAAAACAACUGCAAUAAAUUAACUCAAACAGAGUGCAAGAAAAUAUAAAAGAAGCAUCUUAAAUUGGCAAAUUAAAAAAAAAAUUGGAAAAAAGCCUGCUGCACAAACACCAAACAAAAGAGUUAAAAGAAAAUUUCAUGAAAAUAAUAAAAAAGCUUGGAGUUUAUCCUUUGAAUAAAGUGCAGUAUAAAAUAAAUCAAUUAAGACAAAAAAACAAACAUUUUAUAAACUAAAACAACAAUUAAAAAUUAUAUAAUAAUUCAAUUGGCAACAAAACUGACUUCACGCUAACAAAAAAAUUGUUUUUUUUUUCAUUAGUUUUCGAUGAUGAUGGUAGUUUAGCUAUUUUUGGUGAAAUUUUUGUUGUUUAUAGAAAAAAAAAUCGUAAAAAAAAUUCGAAAGUGUGUAAGAGAAUUGUGCACAACACAAAUGUUUUAUAUGAAAAUCAACUAUUAGUAAAUUGUUACGUGAAUUUAAUAAAUAAAAAGUAAAAAAUUUUUCUAUAUAUCGUACCUAUAUCGUGUGUGUAGUAAAUUUGACAAACGAGUGUUAAUUACAAAAAGAAACUUUUCUUUUAUUAUACGCGCUCAAUCAAUAAGAAGAAAUCAAAAGUGCUUAAUGGAAUCGGAAUCUUAUGGAACUGCUAGCUGUUGCUUCCUUAAAUAUAAGAUCUUAAGAUCAAUAUUUUAAACAAACGAUCAUUAAAAGAAAAUUACUUCCAAUCAACAGAAGAAAAUUGGCAAAACAACAAAAAAAUAACGAGCAAAUACAACAGAAAAGUUGUUUUUUUUGUGCAUAAACGACAACUGUAAUUGAAAGGAAUCAAAAAAAGAAAAAUAAAACAAUCUAACUGUUAUAAAGAGACCAUAACAUUACAAAAAUAAAACAAAUCUCAACUGAGACGUCAAAAACACUUGAUGCAAAUAAAAACAAUACUAAGCUAAAAAAACAGACAACAACAACAAUAAGUAUUCUACAACAACAAAUACACAACUAGAAAAAGAUAAAUGUUUAUGUCAGCGCCAUCUAUAAAAUCAACAAAUAAUUAUAAACAGAAUAUAACGUGUAGAGGCAAAACGGAUGUUAUUGAUUGACAAUUGAUUGAUUUCCUACUGUUUCCGUUAUUAUAUAAUUUAAAAAAACAAAAACGAGUAUUUCUUCUCUGCAAUAAAACAGAAUUAUUGGCCAAAGAGAAAUAGUUUGUCACCAACUCUUUUAAAGACAUCAUCAUCAUUAACCAACAAUAGUUUACUAAAAACUCGUGUGAGCUUUCGUUUAACUGAAUCAACGUCAACUGCAACACCAACUGACUACAAAAAAAAAAAAAGAGAAACAAUAUUUUACAUUUAAACUAUAGGCAAACGCUUUUGGCAAAAUUCAACAAAAUUUUCAUUUUUGCACAAAUUUCAUUUGGAAUCAAAAAUUUCUCUACAUCAUGAUUGGUCGUUUAUUUCGGGCACAUGGCGAAUUUUGUGCAUCACAUCCAUGGGAGGUUAUUGUAGCAUUGCUUACAGUGACAGCAUGUAUGCUGACAGUUGAUAAGCAACAAUAUAUUACCACCACUACUACAUCAGAUGCUGGUGGAGGUGGUGGUGGCAGCAGCAGCAGUAGUCAUACAUCUAGUCGACAUCGUCCCUGUCAUGGCUGGACACAAUCAUGUGAAGGUCUAGAGGCUGAAUAUAAUGCAGCCGAUGUUAUUGUCAUGACAAUUGUCCGGUGUGCUGCUGUACUCUACUGUUAUUAUCAAUUUUGUAGUCUACACAAAUUAGGCUCCAAAUAUAUACUGGGUAUUGCUGGACUAUUUACUGUCUUCUCGAGUUUUAUAUUUACAACGACCAUAAUCAAGUUCCUAGGAAGUGAUAUAUCCGACUUAAAAGAUGCUUUAUUUUUCCUAUUACUACUCAUAGAUCUAUCGAAUUCGGGAACUUUGGCUCAAUUAGCUUUAGCCGGUACGAAUCAAGCAGAAGUCACAAAUAAUAUAGCACGUGGUUUGGAACUAUUAGGUCCAGCCAUUUCACUAGAUACAAUUGUGGAAACUUUAGUCAUUGGUGUGGGUACACUGUCGGGUGUUCAACGUUUGGAAGUUCUCUGCACCUUUGCCGUUAUGUCGGUUAUUGUGAAUUAUGUUGUAUUUAUGACAUUCUAUCCGGCAUGUUUAUCGUUGAUUUUGGAUUUGUCUCGCAAUGGUAUGGACAUGUCAUUGGUUAGAGCUAAAGCCAAGGAAUCAAUAAUAUUGAAGGCAUUAAGUGAAGAGGAACAAAAGACUAAUCCUGUAGUACAACGUGUUAAGAUUAUAAUGACCACUGGUCUAAUGAUUGUUCAUAUUUAUAGUCGUAUGGUAUUUUCGAAUAGUGAAUAUGAAAGUGUCGACAAGACUUUGACACCGAAAUUGAAUAUGAAUGUAAAUAAUAAUCGUACAGAAUCGGGAGAAUUAAGCGAUUUAAUAAUCAAAUGGCUGACAAUGAGUGCCGAUCAAAUUGUAAUACUUAUACUACUCAUAGCAUUAGUAAUUAAAUUCAUAUUUUUCGAAAAUAAUUUACAUGAUCAACUACGACAAUCGACUGUUGUUACAAUUGCGGCCAAAUCAUCUCAGACACAACCACUUGAAGCGCUAAAUUCCAAUAACGAAACAACACUUGAAACUAAAAACAUGGAAUUAAUGCAGCAGCCCAACAAUACUGCCAAUCCCACAUCAUUGACGAUUAAAUCUGUUAAAUCUGUUCAGGCAAUAACACCACCAUCACGUAUACCAUUGUUUACCAUAGAAGAGUCAAACACUGCUAAUGCAGCUACACAAACAGAUUACGAUUUGUUGGAUGGCAAUAGGAGAGGUAGUGAUUGUGCUGAACUGAUACCUUUGAGUGAAUGUAAUCAAUUGUCAAAAUCACGUCCACCACGUCCCUUGGAGGAAUGUCUGGAAAUUUUAAAUUCCACCGAAGAGGGCGGUGGUCCUGCAAAUCUAACCGAUGAAGAGAUUAUAAAUAUUGUUAGUGCUGGUGGCCAAUAUUGUCCUUUGCACAAAAUCGAAUCAGUUAUAGAUGAUCCUGUGAGAGGUGUUAAGCUGAGACGUCGCAUAAUUUGUGAACGUGCCAAAUUACCGAAAGAUCUUUUAGAAUGUCUUCCAUACAAACAUUUUGACUAUAAGCGUGUUAUGAAUGCUUGCUGUGAAAAUGUUUUGGGUUAUGUACCCAUACCAGUCGGUUAUGCUGGUCCUUUGCUUUUGGAUGGUGCAAAAUAUUUCGUACCCAUGGCCACAACAGAGGGUGCCUUAGUGGCCUCCACCAAUCGUGGUUGCAAAGCUUUAUCUAUACGCGGUGUCACCUCGUACGUUGAAGAUGUGGGCAUGACACGUGCUCCCUGUGUACGCUUCUCCAGUGUUAGUCGUGCAGCUGAAGCGAAAAUAUGGAUUAACGACGAACAAAAUUAUAAACGUAUUAAAGCGGAAUUCGAUUCCACUUCACGUUUUGGUCGUCUCAAGGAGUGUCACAUUGCCAUGGAUGGUCCUCAGCUGUAUAUACGUUUUGUUGCAUUGACAGGUGAUGCCAUGGGCAUGAAUAUGGUUUCAAAGGGUGCUGAGAUGGCAUUGAAGUGUAUUAAACGUGAAUUCCCCGAUAUGCAAAUUAUCUCAUUGAGUGGCAAUUUCUGUUGUGACAAAAAACCAGCGGCUAUUAAUUGGAUUAAGGGUCGUGGUAAACGUGUGGUCACUGAAUGUAUAAUACCAGCAGCUACUUUACGUAGUGUAUUGAAGACAGAUGCUAAAACAUUGGUAGAGUGCAAUAAAUUGAAGAAUAUGGGUGGCAGUGCUAUGGCAGGCAGUAUAGGAGGCAAUAACGCACAUGCCGCCAACAUGGUUACAGCUGUUUUCCUAGCCACCGGCCAAGAUCCAGCACAAAAUGUUACAUCCAGUAACUGUUCGACUGGUAUGGAAUGUUGGGGUGAAAAUAAUGAAGAUUUAUAUAUGACCUGCACAAUGCCUUCCCUGGAGGUGGGUACAGUUGGUGGCGGUACUGGUUUACCCGGACAAAGUGCUUGUCUAGAUAUGUUGGGUGUUAAGGGCGCGAAUGUUGCUCAACCUGGAGAGAAUGCAAAGAAAUUGGCACAGAUUGUAUGUGCCACCGUAAUGGCAGGUGAAUUAAGUCUUAUGGCCGCUUUGGUCAAUAGUGAUCUAGUCAAGAGUCAUAUGAGGCACAAUAGAUCCUCAAUAGCUGUAAGCACAAAAAUUAAUACAAAUAAUGCAAAUAAUCCAUUAAAUGUGACAGUAUCCAGUUGCAGUAAAAUAAGCUAAGAUUUAAACGAUUCUCUUGCAAAGAAUUGCUAUUAUAAUGAUAAAUGUAAUUUCAAAAUGCUAUUUACUACCUCUUGAUUUUUUUUAUUUUAUUUUACUUUUUUUUUAUAAAUUAAACAAACCACAAGAAGAAAAUGAAAUUAAUAUAAAAACAACAAUAAUAAUAAAACCUAAAGAAAAUCUCGUAAUUUUUAUAAAAGAAAAUAUAUAUAUGAAAGAAACUUGUACAUAGCGCCAAUUUUAAUUGAACAAUUCUAUUUAUAAAUUUUAUUUUAUAACAUUUAAAUAAAAAGUAAAAAUUGCAUUAACUUGCCAAUUGAUACUAAAUAUGUGAAAUAUAUGAAAAAUUUUGUAAAGAAAUCAAUUAGUUAAAACCAACAACAAUUACAUUUUAAACUAACAAAAGAAUUUGUUCAAAUGAAAGUUAUCAUUUGGCGUUAUUAUAAAACAAUUAAUACUUUUUUUUAAAUAUAUAAGAAAAAAAUAUAUACUUAAACAAAAUACUAUAAAUUAGAAAUUUAAAUUUAAAUAAAAAUAAAAAGAAAAACAGUUUAUAAAACAACAAAACGUGUGUGCACGCACAAUCUUAUGAAAUAAUUAAAUAUAAAAAUAUCUUUAAUGAUAGACCAAAAUGUGUAUAUUUGCUAAUUGUUAAUAAUGUAUAAGAAGAAAAUCAAAUAAAUAAAUAAUAAUAAACUAUUUAAUUAUAAAAUAAA